GGUAAAAUAGCCGCAUGUGGCUCCGGAUCCUCAGGUUGCAAACCCCUGGUUUUGAACCUCCAAACAACAUUCGCGAAUAAGUUGAUGCUGGAGCUACACCACCCUCUGCUGGACAUUAUUGGUAUUGCAAUCAAAUGUUUUCAAUCCAAAAACACUGAAGUCUCAAGUCAGAGGGUUUUUGCAUGGGGGGCGGAAACAAAAGGUGUCGAAAGGGACUCGCACAUCUUAUUGGGUGCCUUUGUUCUUUCAAAUCGAGGUGGCGGUUCUCUUCUUAUCAGCUAGAGAAAACUAAAUUGAAUACAACCAACUGUUCUCGUGCUUGGAUUUUUUGCUUUUUUAGUUUGGAUAAUUUGGGAUAAUGGAGUAAUUAGAGAGGAUGGCACAGAUUUGUCAGACAAUUGAUGAGCCAAACAGACUGAGAGAGGAGCUGAGCCUCAUGCUGGUUGGUGAUGGAGCAGUGGGGAAGACAACCAUGAUAAUCAGCUACAUCUUUAAUGGCUUCAACAGCGAGUACAAGCAAACAGCAUUUGAUGUUUUCACUGGUCUAAUUCAUGUGAAUGGAGUCCCUGUCCGUUUGAAACUAAUCGAUUCUGCUGGACAGGAUGGUUUUGGCCACCUUCGCUCUCUGUGCUUUCCCCAUGUGGAUGUUUUCAUCCUCUGCUUCAGCCUGGUCAACCCACGCUCCUUUGCCAACCUUUCCUCCAAAUGGAUCCCACAGAUCCGCGCAGCCAACAGGACUUCUCCCGUUGUUUUGGUGGGAAGCCAGUCAGACCUCUGUCACAACGUGGGCAUCCUCAUUCAUCUAAACCACCAGAGAACCAGACCAGUGAGCUUUGAGAAAGCCAAAAGACUUGCUCACAGAAUCAGAGCUCACAGCUUCCUCGAGUGUUCAGCUUUAACUCAGCAUAACCUCAAAGAUGUGUUUGAUCAUGCUGUAUAUGCUGCCAUUGAACACAAAGACUCCAAAUCAAGAAAGUUCACCCUGGUUAGACGUUUGAAGUCUUUUUUGUACAGUUUUAGGGGAAAGUGAUUGGAAUUUUCUGAAGAAAACCUGUGAAUUUGAAAGUCAGUUGUUACCAAUGUGUAUUUGAAAGAUGUGAAACAUGCACUAAAAGGCAAAAGACUCCAAACUAACCUCUUUUGUUUUACUUUUCUUUUCAGAAUAUACUUUUUUCCAUUAACCUUUUUUAGGACACAUAAAACUUAAACGUUUUUAAAUAAAGUUCUGCAGUUAUUUGUUGUCUAAAGUUUGCUCUCUGGAGGUUACAGUUGGAGAAGGAUCGGAAGGAAAAGCCAGAUCCCACAAUUCAGGACAAAUGGUCACCUGCUGAUCCUUUUGAAGGGUCACUUAUCAAGACAAAAGCUACUUAACUCAAAGCUUUUUUCAUAUACAAAUGGCUUGUUCCUAACAAUUUGUGAACA